AUGUUCGGCAAAACAUUACCUUCCGCUAUUACAACAGAUUUCACCACAUGGGCAACAACAGUAGCGGGUGGCACCACCAGACUCGCAGCAGCAGAUGCACCUCAUCAGUAUUCCACCACAGGAACAACAACAACCGCAGGCAGCACACAAAGUUUUGAUCCACUUGACCCUUUUCUUUUUCAGUUGAAUAUUUUGAUUUUAGCCAUUUGACUCGUUCAUAAGUAAAUGAGCUGUGAAAAGCUGUUUGAUUGUUUGAAUGUCUCUUUUUCAUCAGUAAUGAUCGAAA